CGCUAAUCCCAAACGGGGCAGCUCUCAUUGGCUCUCCGGCAGAAAGAGGCCACCCGACACAAUGUACAUUGUAGUAGUAGACAACCACCACCUUCACGAUGGAUUGGAAGCACCAAAUUCGCGAUCUGUGCGUAAAUUCCACACACACAAAAUGGAUCGCGCCACUCCUGGUCCUCGGCGACGCCUUUCUUUGCGCGCUGAUCAUCUGGAAAGUGCCGUACACCGAGAUUGACUGGACUACAUAUAUGCAACAAAUCUCACUAUAUCUAUCAGGAGAGCGCGACUACACUCAGAUCAAAGGAUCCACGGGACCGCUCGUCUAUCCAGCUGGCCAUGUGUACAGCUAUACGUUUCUCUACCAUCUCACCGAUGAGGGGCGCGAUAUUCUUCUCGGACAGAUCCUCUUCGCUGUACUCUACUUGAUCACGCUUGUGGUGGUGCUGGCUUGUUAUAGACAGUCAGGGGCUCCGCCGUAUCUGCUUCCCCUGCUGGUCCUUUCCAAGAGACUGCAUAGCGUUUAUGUCUUGCGGCUGUUCAACGAUGGUCUGGCGGCGCUGGCUAUGUGGGUUGCGAUUCUGCUCUUUCAGAACCGGCAAUGGAGUGCUGGUGUCGCUGUUUGGUCGUUGGGUGUUGCGGUUAAGAUGACUCUGUUGCUUCUUGGCCCGGCUAUUGCUGUGGUCACGGUGCUUAGCCUGUCUCUUUUGCCCAGCAUUCGGCUUGCUGUUCGGGCGGUGCUUAUCCAGGUGCUACUCGCGAUGCCAUUCUUACAAAACAACCCUGCAGGAUAUCUCUCGCGGGCGUUCGAGCUAACCAGACAGUUCAUGUUCAAAUGGACGGUCAAUUGGAGAUUUGUUGGUGAAGAAGUAUUUCUAUCCAAGAAGUUCUCCUUGGCACUGCUGGCGAUACACCUUGUCCUGCUGGCCGCUUUUGCUGUCACUGGUGGUUGGCUGAGACCCUCCGGAUCUAGCCUGCCCGUGUUCAUCAAGAAUCUGCUGGUGGGCCAAGAUCGCACGGUAUCCCUCUCCAAACCCUACAUCAUGACCGUGAUGUUAUCAUCGCUUGCAGUCGGCUUGUUGUGCGCAAGGUCCCUUCAUUAUCAAUUCUUCGCCUAUCUGUCCUGGGCCACUCCGUUCCUCCUCUGGCGCGCGGGAUUCCACCCUGUUCUACUGUACCUCAUAUGGGCAUUGCAAGAGUGGGCUUGGAACGUCUUUCCCAGCACCAACCUCAGUUCCAUGGUUGUUGUCAUCUCACUGGCCGCCCAGACUUUCGGCGUCCUUGCGAAUGGUGCCAGCGCUUUUGAUACCGUGCGUUUGAAAGAUAGCGGUAAAGAGCAUACUCAAUAGAAGUGGCCAGCCUCUUGAUACCAGGCUGUUGCAGGUGCAUUUAUAGUCACGACUGGUCUCGUAUCCAUGGGACACAAUGAGAAGCCGAGAUGUAGGACGACACCAUCAGACUGCGAUCGACUGACACCCAUGCGCUGAUGGUCUUCGAUAAUCGCGAAGACCCGAUCAUGCGUCUGACUCGUCCGACGAAGGCAUCUUGCCCACAUUGGACUCAUCCUCCUCGUCCGAGUCGUCCGCGACGACAACGGCUUGCUUAGCGAAUUCCUUCGGCCUGCAAUAGG